AUGCCGAGCAAAGUUCCCGACGACGACGGAGGAUAUUCCAGCUACCGAAGCACCCCCGCACCCGGGAUUUCCUUCUUCACGCCUCAACAAACCCUCCCCUGCGGUACCGCCAUUCUCGACGAAGAAAAUGGAAUCACGGAGGAUACAAUAUCACCUGUGUUCAAGCCUCUCAAGAUUCGAAAUACCGUGUUUCAGAACCGCAUCUUCUUAGCGCCUAUGUGUCUCUACAGUUGUAAAGAUGGGAUGUUGUCGGAUUUCCACGUUGCGCAUUAUGGACAGUAUGCUAUUCGGGGGGUGCCGCUUAUUACAAUUGAAGCUACGGCUGUUGUACCAUGGGGCCUCAAUACACCACAAGACAGUGGACUCUGGUCCGAUGAACAGAUCCCCCCCUUAAAGCGCGUAGUAGACGUCAUCCACUCUCAAUCCCAACACGCUGCCAUUCAACUCCAACACGCAGGCCGCAAAUCCGGCGUAACGCCCCCAUGGUUAGGCUUGAAGACCGUCCCCGAGGAAUACGGUGGUUGCGGAGCGACGGUGAAAGGACCCAGCCCGAACCCAUGGAAUGAGAAUUACUCGACCCCGAAGGAGAUGACGGAAGCUGAGAUUUGGGAAGUUAUUGAAGCUUUUGGUGCUGCGGCUGCUAGGGCAGUCAAGGCUGGGAUUAAAAUCAUCGCGGUUCAUGGUGCACAUGGAUAUUUGAUACACUCUUUUGCAAGCCCUGCAUCAAACAAGCGGACAGACAAAUGGGGUGGAAGUUUUGAAAAUCGCGUCCGAUUCGGCAUCGAGAUCAUCCGCUGUAUCCGCCGAAACAUCCCCGCCGACUGCCUCCUAUUCUGGAAGAUCUCAGCCGUAGACUGGCUUCCACCCGGCGAAGGUUGGGAACUCGAAGACACGAUCCGAUACGCGCCGAUCCUGCACAAAGAAGGCGUAGAUUUCUUGGACGUGUCUAGUGGCGGGAAUGACAGGAAUCAAAAAGUCCAAAUCUCCCCAGCUUAUCAAGUACCGUUUGCAGAAGCCGUUAAGAAAUCUACGCCGGGCUUGGUUGUAGGCGCUGUGGGCUGGAUCAGGGACGGAAAGACGGUUGAAGAGAUUCUUCGCUCAGGUAAAGCUGAUGCCAUCUCGAUCGCGCGUGAGUUCCUGCGCGAUCCCAAUUUCGUGCACCGAGUCGCGAAUGAAGUUGGUACGAAAGUAUCAUGGGUGGAUCAGUAUCACCGAGCACCUAUAUAUGGAAAGAAUGUAGAAAGUACAACCAGUAUCACAGCAGACAUCAAGGUGGACUCAGGCGUCACUCAAUCUCAUGAAAAGCAACUCCAGAACAAGGUAGCUUGA